CCCAGUAUUUGGAUCCUCACAAAACCCUAACCCUAGCGUAGCAGCUCACCGAUAUAAACCUGAAUCUUGUCCUUUUUAACCCUCGAUUGUUCUGAGAAGAGAGGUAGCAAAGAGUCCGCACCACCGAGCAGCUACAACUCCCCUCUCUCGUCUUUCAGGAAAGUGAAGGAGAAAAUGGCAGCAUACGCAGCAAUGAAGCCAGCAAAGGCUGGGUUGGAGGAUUCCCAUGAGCAGAUACAUAAGAUCAGGAUUACACUCUCUUCCAAAAAUGUCAAAAACCUUGAGAAAGUCUGUGCGGACUUGGUUCGUGGGGCUAAGGACAAGCGAUUAAGGGUCAAGGGACCUGUGAGAAUGCCCACAAAGGUUCUUCACAUUACCACUAGGAAAUCUCCUUGUGGUGAAGGAACCAAUACAUGGGACAGAUUUGAGCUUCGGGUCCACAAACGUGUUAUCGACCUGUUCAGUUCCCCAGAGGUGGUCAAGCAGAUCACUUCAAUUACAAUUGAACCUGGUGUCGAGGUGGAAGUUACCAUUGCAGAUUCAUAAAUGAUCAAUGUCUUGUGCUUUCUUUUUUUGGCUUUAAGAAGUUUAUUUGGUCCCUAUGAAUCUAUUUGUUUCGAAAUGUGCUUCAGGCCUUGUGUUUGGAAAGAUACUUGUAGGGUUAACUUUAGCAUGCGUUUUUGUUCCAUACUAUUUUAAGCUUAAGAUUAUGUUAUGCAGAGUAACAAUUUUGCUUA